CAUUAUGUCUGGCGCUGCCAUCGUCGUAAUAAAAAAUAAAAAAUAUUGAAAGCAGCCGAAAACAAAACGGAAGAAAAGUGGAUGUUAUUUCAAAAGAUUCGUCUGGAAAUUAUCCAGACUUGAUAAUUUAAGUAAUUCAGCUAAUAAUGGAGAAUAUAAUUCAAGACGAUGCUGUUAUGUCAACCAACGAUGACGCUGCAGCGUGCAAGAGAUAUGCAGUUGACGUUGGUUAUUGGGUAGACAAUUAUUUACAACAUUUUGUCAAACCAACUGAUAGGAAAGCGCCAGAAAUUAAUCGUGGUUAUUUUGCAAGAGUUUAUGGUUUAAAAUAUCUUUUAGAUCAACUCAUAAAGAUCACAAACAAUCAAUGUCAAGUUGUAAAUUUUGGUGCGGGUUUUGAUACGUUAUUUUGGCGUUUAAAAGAAGAAAAUGUACAGGUAAAAAAUUACAUUGAAAUUGACUUGGCACCAGUAACAGCUCGAAAAUGCUCUCUUAUCAGAAUGAGAAAACCACUUUUGAAUGUAUUAGCUACUGAAGAUGAUGAUGUAAAAUUUUCAAACUGUGAUCUUCAUGUUGGACGAUACCAUCUUGUUGGGGCUGAUUUACGUUCAAUCACUGAAUUGGAAAGAAAACUUUUGAAUGAUGGUUUACUUGAUACAACAGUACCAACAAUUUUCUUGGCUGAAUGUGUAUUGGUAUAUAUGAGCAUAGAACAAUCUUCAGCAUUACUUAAAUGGAUAUCUAAAAAUUUCCAAACAGUUGUUUUUCUUAAUUAUGAACAGGUUAAUAUGGGUGAUAAGUUUGGUCAGGUAAUGAUUCAGAAUCUUCAGAAGAGAUGUUGUGAGUUACCUGGUGUUAAGGCAUGCCAAACUUUGGAGGCACAGAAAGAUAGGUUUUUAACUGAAGGAUGGGAAGGAGCAAAAACUUGGAGUAUGAUGGAAGUGUAUGAUUCAUUACCUUCUCAAGAAAUUCGAAGAAUAGAGAGUUUAGAGUUCCUGGAUGAAAAGGAAUUAUUAUUGCAGCUAUUACAGCAUUAUUGUAUUACUUUGGCUUAUAAAGGUGACAAGGAACUCUUGUUCUGUGAUGUUGGAUUUGCAUAGUCAUCCUUGUACAUUGUUGUUCUUCAUUAUUUGUGUUCUCUUCUUGAAUUAUACAAU